CGGUAGAAGAACAACCUGCAACUACCUCCUGAAGGAAAUGAAUGCAUAUUAAAAGCUCCCUCGCAUAGUAUGCGCAUGACGCGCCGUGCAGCAGCCAGGUCGCCUGCCACUAUUAUAUAAGAUUACUGCCCAUGCUGGCUGUCCCACGGAGCAGCGUUGUGCGUAGAACCAAGAAGCACAGUACUAAGCUACUACUCCAGCAGUAGUGAAGGAGCAGAGGUUAGGAUGGUGAACUUGGUGGAGGCGCAGAAGCCGCUGCUGCACUUCCUGAUCAAGAGGGCCGGGCUUCGGCAGCACACUGUGGACGUGGAUGGCGCCGGCACGGUGCUCACCUUCUGGGUGCCCAAGGACAAGCUCCCCAGGGACAAGUCCACCGUGUGUGAGAUCACGCCCGAAGCGGCGGCGGAGACCAAUAAGGCGCCACCCGCCAACGCCAAGAAGCAUAGCCACACCAAAGCUAAGGCCUCGCGGCCUUCUGUCGUCCUCGUGCACGGCUUCGCGGCCGAAGGCAUUGUUACGUGGCAGUUCCAGGCUGGUGUGCUGGCGAAGCACUACGACGUGUACAUCCCGGACCUGCUCUACUUCGGCGGCUCCACGUCGCCGUCGACGGACCGGUCGCCGGGGUUCCAGGCGGAGUGCCUGGUUGCCGCCCUCGGCAAGCUGGGGGUGGAGAGGUGCACGGUGGUGGGGUUCAGCUACGGCGGGAUGGUGGCCUUCAAGAUGGCCGAGUCGCGCCCGGACCUCGUCCGGUCGCUCGUCGUGUCGGGCUCCGUCGUCGCCAUGACCGACUCCAUCAGCGAGACUACGCUCGAGAGGAUCGGCGUCAAGUCGUCGGCGGAGCUGCUGCUACCGGACUCCGUCAAGGGGCUCAAGGCGCUGCUCUCCAUCGCCACCCACAGGAAACUCUGGUUCCCGGAACGCCUUCACAGGGACUACCUCCAUGUGAUGUUCACCAACCGCAAGGAAAGGGCAGAGCUGCUGGAAGGUUUGCUGGUCAGCAACAAAGACGCCACCGUGCCCGUUUUGUCACAGAAAAUACUUCUGCUCUGGGGACAGAAUGACAACAUUUUCAACAUAGAGCUUGCCAAGACAAUGAAAGAGCAGCUCGGCGAGGAGACGAUGUUGCAGAGCAUAGACAAGGCCGGGCAUCUCGUGCACCUGGAGAGGCCCUGCGUCUACAACCGGCGUCUCCUGGAGUUCCUGGCAUACGUCAGUGCUGAAGCUUCCAAGGAGUGACAAAUUAGUAGGUCGACCGCUCCGUAGAGUGCUUGAUUUGUUCACAGAGGACCGGGGUCCCAUUUGUUGCAGUUUGAUUGUUUGGCCGUGUACAAUAUUUGUGAGUGUGAUUCAUAAUACUAUGGAGUCACCACCACCCAAUUUGUCUAUUUCUAUUUUUCAGGUAAACAGUUGUGUAAUUCAACUUGACAUCCUUCAUAGAUAGCUAACGGAUUGAGGUAA